AGACACACCCAUCUAACACUGGACACUUUUACAAGGUCAAAGGGCACAUCACUAGUUGUUUACCUGUACCUGUACUGUACUGUACUGUGUAGCUGCGCUGUACUUUAUUUACUGGAGCUCUACUGAAAUGGCGUCUAGAGCACUGUGGAGAAGAUCUUCGACUGCUCUAUUGUGUCAGCGUAUCAGUAGCCCAGUGCUGUCCUGUGUCUCCACUAGACUAAACCAAACCAGCACUCAGCCCCCGACGAUUGGCAGGGGCCGUGUUGACAAUGCAGUCGAGUAUGUGGUCACUAAAUUAGACGAUGUAGUCAACUGGGCAAGAAAGGGGUCGUUGUGGCCGAUGACCUUUGGACUGGCUUGCUGUGCAGUGGAGAUGAUGCAUGCUGGAGCAGCAAGAUAUGAUUUAGACCGUUUUGGGAUUGUGUUUCGAGCGAGUCCCCGCCAGUCUGAUGUGAUGAUUGUAGCUGGGACACUCACUAACAAAAUGGCACCCGCUCUACGGAAAGUCUAUGACCAGAUGCCAGAGCCAAGAUGGGUCAUCUCCAUGGGAAGUUGUGCCAAUGGUGGAGGCUAUUACCACUACUCCUAUUCUGUAGUGAGGGGGUGUGAUCGAAUUGUUCCUGUCGAUAUCUACGUCCCUGGUUGCCCCCCAACAGCCGAGGCACUCAUUUAUGGGAUAUUACAACUACAGAAGAAAGUUAAACGCAGCAAAGCCAUCCAGAUGUGGUAUAGAAAGUGAACACUCGUGAAUCUAUAACAACGAUUCUUGCUGUUCAUGUUUUUGCUAUGACAUUGUGAUAGUGCAAUAUUGCAAGCCAGCUGUGUGUACUGAAAUCCACGCACAAUAAUUAUUACACCUAAUUUAAAUAA